GCGCUGACACGCGCUGAUUUUCAAUCAGAUAAGAAAAUUGAUUUUUGUAAUUUAAUGAGUAUGAGUAUUGGACCAAAAAUAGCUUACACAAUAUAAGGGAAGUUUGAGUACAAAAUUAGUACGUAGCCCGCACGAACCUCUUAACGAUACUCUGUGUUCCUCCUCUUCGUUCGUGCGAUGUGACAAGAGAAAAGCAAUUUACCAACGAUAGCAGAGAUAAGCAAGCCCAGGAGAGUUAAGAGUGGUGGAUGUUAAUCGGACGCACUUGCGGAACAACAGCAGGGUUGCCCCGUUGUGCACAAACCGUUUCUCACACGCUGUUGCUGCAAUUCGUAUUGCGCUACGCGCGCAUCAAGUGCAUCGUACUCACGGCACCACGAGUUGAGUCGCGGCAAACGAGGCAGAGGUAUUAUUGACCAAAAACGUACUGGCAGGUCGUCCUGUACUAGAGUCAUCAGUGGGCUGGUUCAUUCAUCUUCACUAAAUACACCGGAGAGCAGCUAGUACCUGCCAUCUAACUACGUCAAAAUGCGCGUGGAAAUGAAUCUGGAUGUUCAGCACUGUCACGAUGAUAUCGACACGAAAAUAGCAGAGUUCAAGCAAGAUGCGGACAAAAUGAACGAGCUCAACCUUUUCCUCGACAGUGUGCUGGAAGAGGCGCAGAGGAAUGCGGAAGUGAAACUGCAAAGCAAAUUGGAUGAAGAGCGACCUAAAAAUGGAAACAAACUUCUCAGCGGCAUAAAGCAACACAGAAUGGUGACACGCACUAGGGGGAUUGUUUUACGAAUCUUUGAAGCAAUUUGUAACUGCACAAACUCCGCCACUAUACCAGGGCAGCGGCCAGCUACAGCACCGGCUAACGUUGGAUCUACUUCGAAAAACUAAGCAACUGGUACACUAAGCAACUAUCUUCAAGCUGUCAUCCCACUGGUACUAUAUGUAACUACAAACAGCAAACAAUAACGAGUUACCGACCCAGUACGUCGGUAUGGAUGUGUUGUCGUAUGUUUUACCAUCAAAAUAGGCAGACUAUUCGUAGCAAUAGGAAAUGUUAGUCCUAAUUCGAGUUAUACUGACUGUUUAUCGAGCUUUUAUUACACUUCUAUUUUUCCAACCAUACACAGACUCAAUAUUCAUGUGACCGUAUUCAAUAUGUUCAAUGCUCGAAUUGAACCAGGUGACUGUUAAAUAUAUUCUGAUUGUAUUGAUAAAUUGUGUAUACUACAAUACCAUUUACAAAACCAUCGCCAUAUCCUUUUUGAUGUGGUUUAUUAGAGCGAAUCAAAAUGUAUACAUGAAGCUACAAUCCCACCAAAGCGCAUCACAUUCCCCACGAAAGAAUCUCCGGCCUUGAAACAAUUUUCAGAAACAUCGUGUACUCUAUAUAAAUUUUCAAUUUAAAGGUUUCAACAACAAAGCGUCUUCUUCAACGAGGUACAUUAUAUUAAAAGCAUGCAAUGUAAUAAACCAUACAAAAUGAAAUAAUCACUGAUCGCAAUAACGGUAUUAGUUCGAAAUCCUAUAGUGUUUUGAAAGUAUCUUCCCAAUCCUGUGCUCCUUAGCAAUGCAGCAUUACCUAUAAAUCUAAAACUAAAAAAAAAUUGCAGAAACCGGAAAAAACACGCACAUUAAAGAUUCAAACAAUAAUUACGGUAGCAAGUUUGAUCCUUAAAGGCAAUUUUUAAUCAAAAAUAUGCCGUAAUUUUACUAAUGAACUUGAUGAUUUAUUCACAUGGUUUGUAAUAGCAAUUCAUAAACAAAUUUUGCGUAAAAAACCAACAAUUGUUCGAAUGUAUCUUAAACCAUUUGUCUAUUUCGUUGUUUCAUUAGACUUGAUGGACAAUCAAAAUUAUGAGCAAUAUUUUACAGUCAACAAAAAAAACUUCGUAGAGAAACGGUUGAACAAAAUUCUCAACAAAAUCUUUCUAGCGCAUUUUAGUUGAAGUACAGUGUUAUUAAAACAUUUACUGAAACAAAGUUUUAGAGAUUCCAGUUAUUGUAUCUUGUAGAAUCAUGUAUGUGUAGAGCUACAGUAAUAAAGUCUGUAUAAAACAUAUAUUGGAU